UUGUCAAUGUCAAAGUCAAAUUAUUUUUUGUUUGCUAAAUCAGGAUUUCCGAUUCAUUGUAUUUGUAAUGAAAUAGUCAAGCAUUAUGAGUGAUUUUAGCAACGCUACCGAAGCCGCGACCCUCGCCGUACAAUUUGAUCAGGCGGGUCAAACAGAUAAAGCCGUAGAAUGUUACCGGACCGCUGCAAGGUUGUUGGAUCGUGUUCGGGAUCGUUUCCCUCCAGAAAAACAACUAGAAGUGAGAGACAAAGUGAGGGAAUAUCUUGAAAGGGCUACUAUACUGCAGGAUCAGAAAGACAAAGCCCAGCAAGAGGAAAGCGAGCGUGCGAUGCAACAAUGCUACUUCCUAAUGCAACAAGCUUUGGAUGCUGAUGAGGCAGAUCUCAAGGAUAAUGCAUUGCAGUUGUACACGCAGGCUGUUGAGCUAGCAGUUUCAGUUAAAGCAAGUGAUCCAGCUAUCAAAGCGAGAGUUAAGAGUUUAGCUGAACAGGCAUUAGACAGAGCAGAGGAGAUAAAAGGGAUUAAAAAGAUGGGUGGAUUAACAAUAAGUGGGCCUAACAAACCUGUUGCACCAACAACUAACCGCGCACAAUACCAGAGAGAGCAGAGUGUUCAUUUGAAAGUCAGCGGCAAGCACACAUAUUCCGAAGAAGAGAAGGAAGUACUCCGGACUACUUCCAACAUAAAUAACAACUGCUUCCUUCCAUUCAUGGAUGUGGAUUUGGCAGAGAAGUUCCAGUAUGCGAUACCAUUUGAGGACAGAGCUAGUGAACUGAAGUUAUCUUCAAAGCAGGCAAGAGAGUUUGACUGUUGGAUAAGACCUCAUGAACUGUGCAGUGAUCCGAAGAUGAUUGUUGAUGAUCAUGUAAAUUGCUUUAGUAUUAAACAGACUAUAGUAUCAGACUGCUCAUUCGUGGCGUCGCUCGCCGUCAGUGCCCUCUACGAGAGACGGUUCGACAAGAAGAUCAUCACAUCUAUUAUAUACCCAAAGAAUAAGAACAAGGUGCCGGUGUACAACCCCUUCGGGAAGUACAUGGUGAAGCUGCAUCUGAACGGUGUCAGGAGAAAGAUAAUAAUAGACGAUCGUCUGCCGUACAGCAAGCAGGGGCGGUUGUUGUGUUCGUACUCGAGCAAUAAGAACGAGUUUUGGGUGUCACUUCUGGAGAAGGCGUAUAUGAAAGUUAUGGGCGGUUAUGACUUCCCUGGCUCUAAUAGUAACAUCGACCUGCACGCGCUGACGGGCUGGAUCCCGGAGCGCUGCGCCAUCCGCGCGGGCGACGCCGACUUCAACGCGGACGAGCUGUACGACAGCAUCCGGCUCCGCCUGCAGCGCGGCGACGUGCUCGCCACCGUGGCCACGGGCGACCUGCCCGACCACGAGGCGGAGCGCACCGGGCUCGUGGCCACGCAUGCGUACGCCGUGCUCGAUGUCAGGCUCGCUAAUGGCGUAAAGCUCCUAAAGCUGAAGAACCCAUGGUCCCAUUUGCGUUGGCGCGGCAACUACUCGGAGCUCGAUACUGCACACUGGACCGAGUCCUUACGGUCUCUCCUGAACUACGACCCCGACAGCGCGGCGCAAUACGACAACGGAGUGUUCUGGAUUGAUUACUCGAGUAUACUGCGGUUCUUUGACGUGUUCUACCUUAACUGGAAUCCGGAGAUGUUCCACUACACGUAUUGUAUACAUCAAAAAUGGGACGCAGGCAACGGUCCAGCGAAAGAUGCGUAUAAUAUAGGCGAGAAUCCCCAGUUCUCCCUCCACGUGCAGGGGAAGGGCGCGGUGUGGCUCCUACUCACGCGGCACAUCACGCAGAUUGAUGAUUUUAGAGACAAUAAAGAGUAUAUCACUCUGUUAGUGUACAAAAAUAAUGGGAAGAGAGUGUACUAUCCUUACGAACCUGAACCUUACAUAGACGGGAUAAGGAUCAACAGUCCGCACUAUUUAUGUAAGAUUAUAGUGGGGGACGGCAGCGCCGAUCGAUACACACUGGUGGUGGCACAGUACGAGAAAACCAAGACAAUAUACUAUACUUUAAGGGCGUAUGCUACUUGCCCAUUUACUUUGGGCAAAUUGGAGCCUUACCCAUAUUUUAAAUCGUUAGGAGGCGAAUGGUCAGGCCGUACCGCGGGUGGUUGUGAGAACCAUCGGCUCACGUAUCCCAACAACCCUAAAUGUGUGGUGACCAUCCCCGAGUCGAGGGUCCCCUGCCACCUGGUGGUGGAACUCAAGGGCCCCAAGCAGUACCAGAUCGGCAUAGACGCCAGGGUCGAGGCGUUGGAUGACCCGUCAGUCACAGCACCGUUUUUGAGGGAGUCUUCUGGGCCUUUUAGAUCCGGUUUUGUAGUGCUCGAGCUAUCGAAUCUGCCUGCAGGUAGGUACAUACUCACAGUAUCGACCUUCUUACCAGGACAGGAAGGCCCCUUUAUAUUAGAGAUGAGGUCAACUUGCCCCGUGACCUGUGAGAUAAGGAACUAGAGACCCGCCCGCUGUAGGAAACAGGAAGAUUAUAGAGUAUAGUAUAGUUUUAUAGUGGAGGGAAUUAUCGAUAAAUUAAGAUUAUAUCGAUAAUGAUAAUUUAGUUUUAAAAUAGAAUUAAAUCUUCAUUUUCUAUCGAUAUUUUAUUUUUUAUUUAGAGAAACAGUAACACAAUAGUGUCAGAAAAUUAAGAUUUUUUUUUUAAAAAUAUAUUUUAUAUUUUCUUUCUAACGAGGCCGUGUUUUAAAUUAAUUUAGCUUUUUUUAUCGAUAAUUCUCUACACUGUAAAAAUCGUCCAUGUUACAUUAAGAUAUUUUUAUAAGUGACAGUUUGUUACGAGUUAUUUAUUUGACAAUAAAAUUAUUUAGAUACGUGCCUUCACAGAUAACAUAAUUAGAGCGUGAGUAUUUGAGUUUUACAGUGAAAUACAAAUUUAACAGAUAUGUGAAAAUUAUUUCGGUGAUACUGCAAAAGUUUAGUUAUAAUAAUAAUUUUGAAGUGCCUUUAAUGAAACAUAAUGUAUUUAUACUUUGAAAUGUGAGGUAUUGGGGCUCAGAAACUUCGAUUUAAUAAAAGUUUCUGGUAUUUCAACGUACAGGUCUAGCGUAGUUUGAUUACCGCUGGCAAUUAAGUUAUUUUUUGUUUUUAAUAAUUUGCCUGUAAUUUGUAAACAUUGAAAUUGUAAACAAAAUUUGGUUAUUUACAAUAAAAAAAUAUUAUUAUUAUUUAAAUUUUAAUUGUUUUUUAUUAUAUAAACGACGGUACGAGGUAUUUCCUCCCAAGCUUAAAAGUUGAAGCGAUAAAAAUUUGGCAAAAGUUAACUGUCAACCUCUCGUUCGCUAUUUCAUCUUUGUGCCAGUUUUUAUCAAACUUCAAAAAGGGAAAAGAUUCUAUGUUCCACUGUGUAUUUUUUUAUUGUGACAACUCCGUUUGUAUGGAGUUCAUACAGUGUGUUUCAAAAUGAUAAACAGUGUCGGCCUUACGGAGUAGCCUAAAGUUCUUCGGCUUGGAAGGACCUCGCGUUUUUAAGAGGGACGAAUGAACAACAUUACCUUUGGCAAUUUUCUGCCGCCGAGAGCAUAAAGGCUGCCAUUUCCGAUAAACACUGAAAAACCUUCAAUCUAUUUAUAUUCAACCUUAUUGCAGUAUCGCUGACAAUAAUUCAUUUCCAGUGUCACGGCCAAGUUCUAUAACAUGAAAUAAGCAACACCGUUCGUUCCACAUCGCAUUUAUGUUAAUUUAUGCACGUUUUUGUCGCUGGAACGUAGCUUUUUCCGUUCAGCGGUGGAUGUCUAAUUAGUUGCUCAUUUCUGCACGUCAUUACAAUGGCGGUUUUGUUGAACGAUGUGGGUAGUUUAAAGAAAUAGUUAAUGUUGUAUUUUUACACAUUUUAUAUAGAAUACGGGAUGAAUAAUGGACGUAGAUACGCAUAAAGGAUCUAACGCAAAAAAUGACACUUUUGAAGAACAUUGAUGUUUAAAUCGUAUUUUUGUUAAUUGAAAUGCUAUUUUAUAUUUUGUUAAUAAAAAGUUCAAAUUGACAAAUUUUGACUAAGAUGUUUUUGCGCAUGGAAAAUAUAGACCUUAUAGACUAAAUCUAAUUUGGCGUACUCGGCUCAUUUUAGACCAUACUGUGGGUUGGAUCCUUUUUGGAUAUCUACGUCCCAUUGAUGAUGUCAAAUGUUUGUAUAAUAACAGAUAUAACCUCUUUAUAUAUAAAUAAAUUAAUAUAUUUAUUUAGUUAGAACAAGGGUCGUAUAUAUGUGCGUUCAAAACUUAUGAACCAGAGUUGAAGAAUAAAUCAAAUAAUAAAAUUGGGCUUAAAAUUCCGAAAAGGGGGUAAAUAGGAGACCACCACUAACUACGGCCUAGGUUAGAGUAAUAAUGAUCUGAAUUUGAAAACAAAAUUUAAUCCAAUAUUAUGAUUAUAAAUGUUUAUUUUCUUGGCAAUUGUAACUGAUUUUAUAUAUUUUGUGCUUGUAUAAAUAUCAUGUAUAGUUUUUUUUUAUAUUAUGUGAAGCAUUUAAGUUUAGUUAAAAUUGUGUGAAUGUCGCGUUAUUGCUUGCUUUGUGAUACGGAGAAGGGGAAGUUGGGGAAAAUCGUACUACCAGCAUCUUCUCAUCUAUGUGCUUUUAUUUCCGCUCUUUCUUAUUGGUGCUCAUUUGCCUAUUUCUUUUACGUUGCCAAAUAUUUGUAUUUAUUGUCUUCUAGAUUCCAUUAUACAAAUCAAGACGAUGUAUUUAUCUAUUAGGAUAUGAGGACUUGGUCCAGCUUCCCUUUUCUCUUUAAUUCAUAUUUUAUCUAAGUGUUAUUGUAAAUAUGCUUAAACCACUCUGCUGUGAUACUAUUUAGGGUUAAAAUAUCACAGAAAAAAUCAAAUUUAAUAAAUAUUUUGGCUAAGUA